GUCCACCCCGGUCCCCGGCACUCAUCAGUCAUCACUCCUCCAGCUUGCUCGAGUCACGAUCCCUCCCUCCCCCCCACACAGGCAGGCGCCAGGAAAGCAAGCAAGCCGCCGGGACGCGCGGGCGGGCGGCGCAUGGCGGAAGGAGGCAGCUCCACGGCACCCUCGGCCCCGCCGUGCUGCGGCCUGGCGCGGCUACUGCGGCGCCUGCGGCGGCAGGGCAGCCGGGCGCUGUGCGCGGCCGCGGCCUCGCGCCGCCACCGCGCGUCGUGCCGCCAGUACGACCCGCUCAGCUACGCGCGCAACUUCGACCUCGGCCGCGACGCCGCCGACGCCGAAGACGCGCGCAUCUACUACGCCUGCUCCUUCUCCUCGCGCUACGCGCUCGUCCCGCCCCCCGCCUCCUCGUCCGCCGUCGGCCCCGCUGCUGCCCUGGAUAGCCUGCCGGUCGCCGCCAACAGAUAGUGCUUGUGCUGUCAAAUCAAAUGAUUCUAGGUAGUAUAGGGCUAUAGGCAGCUUGGCUGGUGCACCGUCCUCCUUCCUGUACAUUAACCAAGGAGAAGGGUACAAUUUUAUUCCCUUUUCCCUAUUUUUUUAAAGUUUAGACCUAUGGAU